AUGAGCGGCCGAGUUGGAGACCUGAGCCCCAAGCAGGCAGAGACCCUGGCCAAGUUCCGAGAAAAUGUCCAGGAUGUGCUGCCCGCCCUGCCAAACCCUGAUGAUUAUUUUCUUCUUCGCUGGCUCAGAGCUCGGAACUUUGACCUACAGAAAUCGGAGGCCAUGCUCCGCAAGUACAUGGAGUUCCGGAAGACCAUGGACAUCGAUCACAUCCUUGACUGGCAGCCCCCAGAGGUGAUCCAGAAGUACAUGCCUGGAGGCCUGUGUGGCUAUGACCGUGAUGGCUGCCCUGUGUGGUAUGACAUCAUUGGGCCACUGGACCCCAAAGGGCUGCUUUUCUCAGUCACCAAGCAGGACCUGUUGAAGACCAAGAUGAGGGACUGUGAACGUAUCCUGCAUGAGUGUGACCUGCAGACAGAGCGGCUGGGGAGGAAGAUUGAAACCAUUGUGAUGAUAUUUGACUGCGAAGGUCUGGGACUGAAGCACUUCUGGAAACCUCUGGUGGAAGUGUACCAGGAGUUCUUUGGCCUCCUUGAAGAGAAUUACCCAGAGACCCUGAAGUUCAUGCUCAUUGUGAAAGCCACCAAACUGUUCCCUGUGGGCUACAACCUUAUGAAGCCAUUCCUGAGUGAGGACACGCGAAGGAAGAUCGUAGUGUUGGGAAGUAACAGCUGGAAGGAAGGUUUGCUGAAACUCAUCAGCCCUGAGGAACUGCCUGCCCAUUUUGGGGGGACUCUGACUGACCCAGAUGGGAACCCCAAAUGCUUAACCAAGAUCAACUAUGGUGGCGAGAUCCCCAAGUCCAUGUAUGUGCGUGACCAGGUGAAGACUCAGUAUGAGCACUCGGUGCAGAUCAGCCGUGGCUCCUCACAUCAGGUGGAGUAUGAGAUCCUGUUCCCAGGCUGUGUCCUCAGGUGGCAGUUCUCAUCUGAUGGUGCAGACAUCGGCUUUGGAGUUUUCCUCAAGACCAAGAUGGGGGAGAGGCAGAAGGCAGGGGAGAUGACGGAGGUGCUAACCAGCCAGCGCUACAAUGCCCACAUGGUGCCUGAGGAUGGGAGUCUCACCUGCACUGAGGCUGGUGUCUAUGUCCUCCGCUUUGACAACACCUAUAGCUUCGUCCACGCCAAGAAGAUCAGCUUCACGGUUGAAGUGCUUCUCCCAGACGAGGGCAUGCAGAAGUACGAUGAGGAGCUCACCCCUGUCUAGGUGGAGCCUCGCGUCUCAGAGACCCCAACCCUCUGUUUCUUCUCUUCUCUCCUUUCAUUCCUAAAACUGAUCAUUAGACCGGCUUACUCUGCAACACCAGUGGUCGGAGAGAGGUUGCCCGGAGAAGAUUUAUCUGUUGUAAUCAAAAUUUAAAAUUAUGAAAGGUUGGAGGUAGAAAGACUGCAAAAGAGAAAGAAGCACGAGGGAAAGACAGGGGACAGGUGUCCUUGGGGCCCAAGAAUAGGGAAAUAACUCUACUUGACCUCAUCUCUCCUAAGACGUUUGCACUUGAGUCCCUCCCUGUGAGCUGUGAGCAUCUUGAGCUGGAGACUAUCAGAAUCCCUUUAUUUCCAUUCACUAUCUAGUAGAUGCUUACUGCAUUUCUGUAAGUUAAACAAAGAACAGAGGCAGGGAGCACAAGGGUCACAGGAAUGGUAGAGAUCAGACAGCAGAUUUCAGCACCCUGGACAGAGCCACCCUUGGCGAAGACCCAAGCAGUGGUUUCUUUUGGGAGGCUCAGAUACAAAAGCUCUAUACCUCUAGCAGGAGGUGCCCGCUUCUGACUUGGCCUGAUCCAAGGGUACAUUAUCCUCAUAAUCACCUCCUUCCUUUUGAACUCACAGCUCAUAUUUUAAGCCAUUAAAAGAAUUUGCCCCGGGGCUGGAGA